UGGCUGGGGGCUGGAUUGCAGAAUGAGGUCGGCUGUCGUAGGUCUGGUUCUGAUCUCUUUGGCGGCGGUUGAGAGUUUCAGGACACGUUUUCAGCGCUAUCGAUCAUGGAAUUCGCGAAUGUACCCGGUGUGGAGGGACGGCGACUCCAGAUACAGAGACUGCUGGAAGGGUGGAGAGGUGACGUUUGAUAUCAGGAACGAUGCUCCGACCCUGACCGGAGCUAAAGCCACGUUUAACAUCAGCAUCCACCCUCCAGGGAAUCAGACGGUCCUGCCUGACGGGAGUGUGGUGUGGUCACACAACUGCACCAUCAAUGGAACUCGCUACACUGUGGGUGAGCCUGUUUACCCAGAAUUCAACACUACAAGAGAAUGGACGGGCAUUUUUCCUGAUGGUACUCCUUUUACUACGACAUCGCCUAGAAAACCGGCCUUCAUCUUUGUGUGGAAGACAUGGGGUCGAUACUGGCAGGUGGCUGGCGGUCCUUCCUCUGCACUGACCAUAGGAACUGAUAAUGUACCUCUGGGAUCCUACAACAUGGAGGUGGUUAUUUAUCACUGCAGGGGAAGAGAUAAGUUCAUUCCUCUAGGUUACGCUUCCACACAGUUCUCUAUCACAGAUCAGAUCCCGUUCUCUGUCAGCCUCUCUCAAAUUGGCGACGUGAACCAGGCCGAUCAGAGUUUCAUCCAGAACCGCCCGGUGACCUUCAGCGUCAGUCUGCACGACCCCAGCCGGUACCUCAGUCUGUCAGACGUCUCCUUCACCUGGGAUUUCGGGGAUGACACCGGGACGCUCAUCUCCCGCCAGCCCUCCGUCACACACACCUACCUGACGGUCGGGUCCUUCAGGCCGCAGCUCGUACUGACGGCCGCCAUUCCCAACGGCUGCGUCCCGAAUCCCACCGCAGGAGCCGCGACCACCGGCGUGCCAGCCCUAACGGUGGUGGUGCCAACUGAAGCGCCAGCGGCUGGCACCUCUCCUCAGCCUGCGCAGACAGGAAUCGAAGCGGCUGCUGUUCCGGCGGUGGUUAACGACCUAGCGGUGGCUACAGUUAGCCCGGACGCUGAAGCUGCAGCCGCUGCUACCGAAGAACAGGUCGCUACCGCCGAAACCGCUACAGACGGCGCAGCGGAGGCAGAACAAGCCGAUGGCGGCGCGGUUAUCGACGCUGCCGUGUCCACUGCCCCUCCAGCAGAUGGCGCUGUUGAGACGGUUGCUACAGAAGUCGUUUCAGAAGCUGCCGUGGUUGCUGAUGAUACAGACACCAGCACGUUAGCACCGGCUACAGAAGUCAUUAUUAAUGUUGUAGCCACGGGCGCUGCUGUUGCUGAAACGGUGCCCCCUGUGGUGCCCGUUACUGAGGGUGAAACUCUGGUGAAUGAUGUUGCCUUAGAUGCAGCAGUAACUGAUCCUGCUGAAGUUGCACUUUCAGCCACCGCAGCUCCAGUCACGCAGAACGCUAUCGUCGCUGACGGAACGGUGGGAACGCAGGCCGCUCUGGUCAUCGUUAAACGACAAGCUCCGGAGAUACCAGCCGAAGAAAGCUGUACCAUCUACCGUUACGGCUCCUUCUCCUCCGCGCUGAACGUCGUCCAGGGGAUUGAGAGCGUGGAGAUUGUGGAAGUGAAUAACGUGGCGGUUUUGGCAACGAACGUGGAGCAGAACGCCGUGGAUCUCACCGUCACCUGCCAGGGAAGCUUGCCGAGUGAGGUGUGUACGGUGGUAUCGGAUUCCGACUGUAUCAGCCCUGUACGGACGGAGUGCAACAACGUGACCCCGACUCCCGAGUGUCAGCUGAUCCUCCGCCGCUUCUUCAACGACUCGGGGACCUUCUGCAUCAACGUCUCUCUCACCAACGACGUCAGCUUCGCCGUCACCAGCGCCAGGCUCAGCGUCUCUGUGGAUGCAGGAUCGUCGUCAGCCGGAGCUGCUACAGCGGUGCUCGGUGUUCUAGUGCUGAUCGGUGCCGUGGCCGCCGUGGCCGCCGUGGCCGUGACGUACAGGCGGAUGAAACCCUACCGCAUGCUCAGAGAGGACCAGACAGAGGGAACUGUGGGUAAUUCUGGUUUUAAAUCUGUGCCGAUGAUGGUGUGGAACCUCCUGCGCAGACAGCAAGCCGGAGAGAGUCGGCCACUGCUGCAGGGACGAGUGGUGUGAACACGCGCUCGCACACCCAGUCACACACACACACACACACACACACACAGCAUGUGCUAUCGUAACAUUUACAAAUAUUAACAUUAGUGGCUGUCCUGUUAUCUCUGACUCCGUCUUUUUGAUUUCAUCUUGUUCAUUUAUUAAUAAUCGAGUGCUUCACUUGGUCAGGGUCAGGAUUGGUUUGGAGCCUGUCUCAGAACCAGUGGGAACACAAGUGCUAGAAAAAGAAAAAAAAGAUAAAACAAGAGCAGAAUUGGAAUCUGCCUCGCCGCUGCAUUUUUAUAUUAACUAACUCAACUUCACACUUUUCUCUUAGCCGGUAAUUUAUCAGCAUUUGUCGAAGGUCGUCAUCUAAGUGUCCCAAUACUUGCCCGUAUAGUGCACCUUUCUGCUGGAAUGAUUUGUUGAUAUUAAAUACGGAUGUUUUAAAAGAUGUUGUGUUUUUCACUUCGCAACCAAACGGCUUGUGUUACCAUGAAUAUAUUAUCACAGUCACGAUCACAGACGCCCUGUAAUCUCCUACUGUUUCAUUCUAACAUAAAUGCUAACUGAUGAUGAUGAUGAUGAUGUAAACAUUUAUAUCCUGUUCUGAUGGAAUAAAGAUUUUCU